AUGGCCUAUCCGAUAAUAGACUCACAUAUCCACUUGUUCCCCGGAUCUGAGCUCGAUACCCUCGCCUGGAACAACCCUACCAACCCUCUCUACAAGCAACACUCACUUGCCGAAUAUGCGGCGGCAACAGGCUCCCCGUCAAAUCUCGAAGGCUUCAUCUUCCUCGAAACAGACCGCAAGAACGAUCUCGAGAGCGGGGUAGGAGAUGGCAGCGGCUGGGAGAUGCCUCUUCUGGAAGUAGAGUGGUUGAAGAGAAUUGCUCUUGGUACCCCGAAGGAGGGAGAGGGUCAUACAGAAGCGGAUAAGAAGCUGUGCCUGGCAAUCAUACCAUGGGCACCAUUGCCUAGUGGAGCGAAGGCAUUGGAGAAGUAUGUUAGUGAGGUGAAGAAGCAUGCUGGGGAGUCGUUCAAGAAGAUUCGGGGCUUCAGGUAUUUGGUACAGGAUAAACCCAAGGGUGUGAUGUUGCAGGAUGACUUCAUUGAGGGACUAAAGUGGAUGGGGAAAAAUGGCUAUGUGUUUGAUUUGGGUGUGGAUCAACAUUCUGGGGGCAAGUGGCAGUUGGAGGAGGCUGUUGCUAUGAUUGAGAAGGCUCAUGAUGGGGUUCCGGAGGCUGAGAAGGUGACAUUUAUCAUCAAUCACCUUUGCAAGCCUGAUCUCGCAGUCUACAACCAGACGGACCCCGCGUUCGUUGCGUGGAGAACAGCAAUGUUUACUCUCAGUAAAUGCAGCAAGACUUAUAUGAAACUUAGCGGGUGCUUCUCGGAGAUGCCAGAUACCCUAAAGAAUGCGCCUGUCCUGGAAAUCUUCGCAGCUCUUCAACCUUACUUGGUCGUCAUACUUGCAACCUUUGGACCCUUUAGAAUCAUGUUUGGAUCUGAUUGGCCGGUAUGCACUAUCGGAGUGAACGAUGCGUGGAAAAAGUGGAAGGAGGUGGUCGAGAAGUUUUGUUACUUGGCUAGCUUGACCCAAGAGGAUCAAAUCAUGAUUUGGAGCGGGACCGCUAUCAAGGCGUAUGGGAUUAAUGAGUUGAUGUGA